AUGGCCAACAACGGGCAAGAAGAAAAUAUUGGGGACGAUUUCCAUAGUAAGGGAGAAGAGCAUGUGGAUUCUAAUCCCAGAGAAGAAAAUCGUAAUGAAGGAGUAGAAGAACCAAAUCUUGGGGAAAAUAACGCCGGCAAGAAGCGUAAUGUCCUGAUAAAGGGAGGUCGAGAUGAAUAUUACAAUGAAAGCGACCUCGAUAUUAGCGAUAGCAAAGGCCUCAGGGCUUACGCCAAGAGAUACUAUGAGGUAUACAACAGAAUUCCGGCUUGUAACCAGGAGCUGGCGGUCAUGUCUUUCAAAAACAGUCUGGAUGAUAAAUGCUCGCUUCGGAAAUCACUUGCAAAAACUUUGCCACAGAGCAUGGAAGAGCUCAUGGCAUGGAUUGAGAAGUAUCCCAGAGCAAAGGAAGACACACAAGGAGCAAGGACUCCAAAACAAGAAAUGAGAAACGACUCGCCGAAGCGAGGUCGAGGGAAUGUCGGUGCUGACAGGCAGGAAACAGGAGUAAGGGCUAUGCAGGCAGUCAGUACCGUAUUUCAGAUCCCAAUCUAUAAAGUCUUGGAGAGGAUCAGGAAUCAGUCGUACUACAGAGCGCCAGAGAAGAUCCCUAGCAAGUUCAUGGGCAAGAACACUGGGAAACAUUGUGCCUACCAUAAUGAGAAUGGGCACCUGACUCAAGAAUGCCAGGCUCUGAAGUCACACUUGGAAGAUCUAGUCAGAUAG